CAGAAAACUCCAUCCACCGCCAAUUCCUUGAGAACAGAAUUCCUUUUGCAAAACACAAAAUCGGCCUUUUAUUACUAAAGCCUCUAUCUUCUUCUAUCUUCUCUCCUCACCCGGGGUCUCACACUCCCUCCUGUCCUUCUCACUUCCUGUUCGGACACGUGCAAUUGGGAAAGCGUUAGGGUUAGGGUUUGAUGGGCAACAAGGUUACCGACGAGCUUGUAUCGACCGUCCGAUCAAUCGUCGGCUCCGAUUACUCCGACAUGGACUUAAUCAGAGCUCUUCACGUGGCCAACAACGACCCCACGGCCGCCAUCAACGUACUCUUCGACACGCCCGGUUUCAGGUACAAGCCAAUUCUAGAGCAUCAGAAGAAUCCCGACCUCUCACGUCGGAAUUCGAUCCCCAAGGCUCAACCGAUUCUUGCCAAUUCUAAGGAAAAUGGCGGCGGUGGCGACGGGAAUCGCUCGUCGAGGACCGAAAGCAAUGCCGGCGAUUUUUGUCGGAGUAAAUCCGGAAAUGGACUUGCUGAAGACGUCGAGAGUUCGGUCGGGGAGAAAUGGUGGCUCGUGGGCCGCGGAGAGGUGGCGGGGCUGUCGACGUGCAAAGGAAGGAGAGUGAAGCCGGGUGAUGAAGUCGCUUUCACGUUCCCUUCCAAGGUUGCUUCUAGUUUGCCGUCGCCGGGCAAGGUUUUUGGGAGAGGUCGGCAGGCCGCGGCUUGUUCGGAGAUCGUGAGGUUCUCGACGAGAGAUUCAGGAGAGAUUGGUAGAAUACCUAAUGAAUGGGCUCGGUGUCUUUUGCCUCUUGUGAGGGAUAAGAAGAUUAGAGUUGAGGGAUUUUUCAAAUAUGCUCCUGAAGUAUUGAGUAUUAUGGACACCAUUCAUUUGUCACUAAGUGUAUACAUAAAUAGUUCUAUGUUCCACAAGCAACACGACACGUCGCUUAAGGCGGCCAGCAGUUCCACAGAGGAAUCAGUUGUUCAUCCUCUCCCAACAUUGUUUCACUUGCUGGGUCUCACUCCAUUCAAGAAGGCAGUACUCACUCCUGGGGACUUAUGCUCGAGAAAGCGCCCUUUAGACUCGAAGGGCAGUUCUGGUCUUCAUGGCUCAACUUUACAUGUGAACAAGUUGAAGACUACUUCUAAAAGUGAAAAUGAAGUUGCAAAUGAGGAGCCCAUUUCGGAUGCUGAUCUAGAAAACAUUGUUGGUGUUGGAGACAACUCUGAGUUAGAGGAAAUGGAGCCCCCUGGUACACUUCACUGUGAACUUCGCCCUUACCAAAAGCAGGCUCUUUACUGGAUGACCCAACGGGAAAAAGGACAAUGUAUGGAUAGGGCAGCGACAACCCUUCACCCCUGUUGGGAGGCAUAUAAUCUUGCAGACAACAGGGGGCUCAUUCUGUAUUUGAAUGCAUUUUCUGGUGAUGCUACCACUGAAUUUCCAAGCACUCUUCAAAUGGCUAGAGGAGGAAUUCUAGCAGAUGCAAUGGGCCUGGGAAAGACAAUCAUGACCAUAUCGCUCCUUCUUGCCCCUUCAGAGAGAAAUGAUUCAUCUGUUGGUCAACUUACAAGCCAGUCCUCUGGUGAAGGUAGUGAAGUUAGCGGCAGUGUUUCAGACAACUCACUCAACCUCCAAAAAAAGACAAUAAAAUUUUCAGGUUUUGAUAAGUUUAUGAAGCAAAAGACUAGACUUAUGGAUGGUGGCAGUUUGAUUGUAUGUCCUAUGACUCUGUUAGGCCAGUGGAAGGCAGAGAUUGAAACUCAUGUACAACCAGGAACUUUAUCUCUUUAUGUUCAUUAUGGUCAAAGUAGACCAAAGGAUGCCAAAAUUUUAGCUCAAAGUGAUAUUGUAAUAACAACAUAUGGCGUGUUAGCCUCAGAAUUUUCCACAGAGAAUGCUGAGGAUAAUGGUGGCCUUUACUCGGUUCGGUGGUUUAGAGUGGUUCUUGAUGAGGCACAUACAAUAAAAUCCUCCAAAAGUCAAAUUUCUAUGGCUGCUGCUGCUUUAUUUGCUUGUCGUCGUUGGUGUCUUACAGGAACCCCUAUCCAGAACAAUCUGGAAGAUCUAUACAGUCUUCUUCGGUUUUUGAGAGUGGAACCUUGGGGUAACUGGGCAUGGUGGAAUAAACUCAUUCAAAAACCUUUCGAAGAGGGUGAUGAAAGGGGGCUGAAGUUAGUUCAAUCUAUCUUAAAGCCAAUCAUGUUAAGGAGAACAAAGUUCAGCACAGAUCGUGAGGGCAGACCAAUUAUAGUCCUUCCACCAGCUGAUGUUCAGGUGAUUUACUGUGACCUCACAGAAGCAGAAAAAGACUUCUAUGAGGCCCUCUUUAAAAAAUCCAAGGUUAAGUUUGAUCAGUUUGUUGAGCAAGGACGUGUUCUUCAUAAUUAUGCUUCCAUAUUGGAGUUGCUUUUACGUCUUCGCCAAUGUUGUGAUCAUCCAUUUCUUGUGAUGAGUCGAGGUGAUACACAACAAUAUUCUGAUUUGAAUAAGUUAGCGAGACGUUUCCUUAAAGGCAGUCAGAAUUCCAUGGAGGGGGAAGUCAAAGAUCUGCCUUCAAAGGCUUAUAUCCAAGAGGUUGUGGAGGAGCUUCGUAAUGGGGAAGAUGGAGAAUGCCCAAUAUGUCUUGAAGCAUUUGAAGAUGCAGUGUUGACACCUUGUGCUCACCGCCUAUGCCGUGAAUGUCUCUUGGCAAGUUGGCGAAAUGCUACUUCUGGGUUAUGUCCUGUUUGUAGGAAGUUCAUCAGUAGGCAAGAUCUUAUUACAGCCCCAACUGAAAGUCGGUUCCAAGUUGACAUUGAUAAAAACUGGGUGGAAUCAACCAAAGUUGCAGUUUUGUUACGUGAGCUUGAAAUGCUUCGUAUCUCAGGCUCCAAGAGCAUUGUCUUCAGCCAAUGGACCGCCUUUCUGGACAUCUUGGAAAUUCCUUUGUCUCGAAGUAGUAUUCCAUUUGUUCGGCUUGAUGGGACUCUGAGUCAACAGCAACGCGAAAAAGUGUUAAGGCAGUUUUCAGAAGAUAGCAACAUCCUGGUAUUGCUGAUGUCAUUAAAGGCUGGAGGAGUUGGAAUAAAUCUGACGGCAGCUUCUAAUGCCUUUGUUUUGGAUCCGUGGUGGAAUCCAGCUGUUGAGGAACAAGCUGUUAUGCGAAUCCAUCGCAUUGGACAAACAAAAAGCGUGAUGAUCAAAAGGUUUAUUGUGAAGGGUACAGUCGAGGAAAGAAUGGAAGCAGUUCAAGCACGUAAACAACGGCUAAUUUCUGGUGCGUUGACUGAUCAAGAAGUUAGAAGUUCUCGCAUAGAGGAACUAAAGAUGUUUUUUGCUUAGAUCUCCGAGUAAAUGGACUUUCGUCGCGAUACACGGCACAUAUACUUAAACCUUAAGAGCUCUGGUGUUGAAAUAUUCAUAGGCAAGCAAAUUUAGACAAGAUCGUUAUCAUUCUCACCAGUCACCAGAUGCCAGGUAUAAAAGUAUUGUGGCUAUUUACAUUCUGCGAAGAAACCAGAAUUUCCGGUUAAGCAGAUGAGAAGCUAGCAGAUUUGGUUUGAAUAGGUUAACCAAAUUUUGCUUGGAAUUUAAUAGCAAGAGAUGUCUAGUCUUAGGACUGAUGCUGAUGUAUAUAUUAAUGGCAGAAAUGUCUGGUGUGUGGAAAUUGAAACACAUUCAAAUUCAAUUGUAAUUUUAUCUUACAAGAAACUUUUGCCAUACUGCUUUGUACUGAUAACCGUAUGUACUCUCGAGUUCACAAAAAUGUACCUUUGAGCUAUAAUAUAUCGUAUU